AGCGCUGCGAGCCGUGAGCCGGAGCCGAAGGCCGAGCGCGGCGGGGCCAUGGAGCGCGGCGCCGGGAGGGGCUGCCCGCGCCCCCUGCAGUAGCCCCGCGCCCUCCGCGCCCUCCCAUUCCCCCCCCGCCGCCUCCUCUAUGCGGCGGGGCCGGCGGAGCCGCAGGCCUCGCUCCUCCGCGAGGCGGCCCUCGGCCCUCUGAGCCCGAUCACACAGCGAUUUUGGGACGCACCCCUGUUGGAUUGUAAUACAUGUCCUGCUAGCGACAGCUUUCAGCUAUGGAAUCGUUCUCCAGAUAGUUGCCAUGGCAAUAAUCCUGGAUCCCGAGGAUACGGACAGGCCCACGGGAGCCGGCACAGAGGGAGCAGAGCCCGACUGCCUCGUGGGGCUCCAGGCGGCGUCCCCAAGCAGUGCCCGGGCAGCGCAAUGUCCCCGCAGCAGCUGGAAGGUCUGCCUGCCGGCCGUGGCAGAUGGAGUCUGGGGGCGAGGGGUGAGCAGGAGGAGCGGAGCCUGGAGAGCCGCCUCCCUGUGCAAGGGGGGAAAAGUGGUGGGUUUGGGGCUGACCGCGUGGCCCCGUAACCAAGAUCCCAUCUCGCUGUGCGCUGGGAGGGACCGCGCAGCCCUCGCGCAUCCUCUUACACCGCUGCGAGUGCAUUAAGUGAGCGGGCAGAGCGACAGCUGGGCAGGAGGCGGCGAACAAUGAAGGUAAAGUUGGCUUUCAGCGACGUGACCCUCUGCAGGCUGCACGCCAGAGGACAUCAAUAAUGGAUGGGAGCGAGCACCCCGGCCAGCACGCUAAUGUACGGAGCGGCUCUGCGCUGCUGCGCCAUUACGUCAGCGCCGCGCCGGGCUCUCCUAUCAGCACUGUAAUUUUACUGCUUUUAAAUAAUAAAUUGCGCUGGGAGCUGAAAUACUCCUUCGCCCCAUUCAAGCCUAGCAGGGUGUGCAAGCACACAGAUGAAUUUUACAUACGGCAGAGAUAAAUUUUGUAUCGAGCUGCAGAAAAGUCCUCGUGGCCGGGGCACGGCCCUGCCGGGCGUGGGGUGCGGGGCGUUUGGGCACAGGGCAGCACUGGUGCAGGUGGGAUAAGUCCCCAUGGUGCUGUGCUGCUGGGAGCCUGAGGGCUGUUCUUGGCUUCUUCCAGCAUGGACAGCUGUCCAGGGGUGAAAGAAACUUCUUGUGAAGUAAAGCGUGGUAUAACACAAAGCCUGAGAUAACCCAAAGCUCGCUGCAAUCCCAGCGCGUCUUUGAUGUCCUGGGUUUGCAGUGGGGAGGGAUGAGGCGUCCCGGUGCUCUCAGGGACCCUUUUUGAUGGAUGCUGCAGCCUGUCUGUGUGCCUUCCAGCUGGGCUUUUGGAAAUGCAAUGCGGAAAUGUCCUAUAACUGUGACGGUAGAAUGUACAUGCACCAAAGCUGGGCAGGAACCAAGCGGGUUGUGUCCCUGUCCCCGUGGUCGGUCAAUGCCCCAUGGCAGCCCCAUGCCAUGCCAACAGGAGCUGCUCGGGAGGUGAUGCUUUGUUUGCUCACCUUUUGCAGCAGGACUUAAGGAAUUGUUAUUUCCGAGUCAGGAAGUGAGCAAUGUCACGGAGCUGCAUAAGAAAGUGUAAGCAGCUUACGGCAGAUUACAGUGACUGACCACUUAGCUAUGCAAUUAGAUGGGGCGAUGGUGUGAUAAAUCGGGAGCAGCUGCUUACCUGUCCCAUGAUGCUGUUUGAUCUCGGGCACGUGUGCUCCACUUUCCUUGGGGUGGAAGGGUGCCUGGCACUUGUUUUGCAAGAGCAAAAUGGCUGUAGGUCCCUUGCAGCCCAAAGCCACUCUGUGAUUCUGUGGUCUCAUUUCCCCAGCAGGGUGCACAGCUUUGUGCUGGGCUGCCUGAAGAUGUGUGGGUUCCACUGGCAGACCGUCUGAGUGUAGGUGCUGCAGGGCAGCCCGGUGUGCAACACACCAGGCCGUGUGUUGGUGCUGCCCAGCAGCUCCAUGGGACCUCCCACGCCUGGGGACCCAUGGACCCCAGCACACCCUGGAGCCAGCCAUGCUGUCCCCCUGGGCCCUGCAUGGGGACCUGCGGUGCAGCUUUACUUCUCCCCAUCCCAGCCACACACCUCCCCUUGGCCUGGCAGCGUGUCCUUGGCAUCCCGUUGCUUCCCAGCUUCAAGCACAGUGCUUUCACCUGACUGCUGCCUUGGUGGUGCAGAGGGCACCCAGUGCCAGGUGCUCCUGGGCCCUUUCUCCUCCUUGUCCUCCUGCCCUUGGGGGAGCUGCUCCCCAGCGGCUCGGAGCAAAGCUGCGAUGUGGGGUUGGCACCUGGGGGGCACCGUGCACUGACAUCAGCCGGUAUGUUGUGCUGUGCUGGUGAUCCAGAGACACUACCCAGCUUCCACAUCUAGGUGAGCCGCAGUAAAUUACCUGUAGUUAAAAAAUGAUGCUAAUUAAAUUCAGAUGCAGUAACGAUUAACACCACUGAUCUCAAUUCGCCGAGUUUCCUCGCGGCUCCAACCGAUGGGAGAAAACCACCUCUGCAGGGGGAGGAGGGGGAGCUUUGUGCUCCUGGCACUGCGCUGUGGCCGUCUCCUCGUGCAGCUGCAGCUCCCAGCCCUGUUGCUCUGCUUUGCCCGUAGCAGUGAGCAGCACUGUUCCACAUCACCUCGUGGCGGGCACUGCUGGGCUGCUGCUCUCCAUGUGCAGAGCAUGUCUGUGUGGGUCUGUGUGGGUACGUGCACACAUCCCUGCUGUGCCUGGGCUCCUGCAGCGCUUGUUCCUUACUGCCCAGGGCUUUACCUGCGUGCCCACAGCCCGUACCUCGCUGCACAGUGCUGCAGUUAUCCACAGAUGUCUCUGCAGGCUUUGGGCAGCCCGAGCUCUGGCUGCUCCUUGUGCCAUGCCAGGCCAGCAGCCCGCUGUGCCGCUCGGUGCGCGGUCACCCAGCUCCGGGGGAGCCGGGGAUGCUAACGAGUUUGCAUACAUUGAAUUACAGGCAAGGCUUUAAUAGUAUGGUUUUUAGGCCCUGGCUCCGAUCCAACAUUUUUUCGUGCUAUUAUCCUCUAUUUACAGCUCUCCAAAAUCAGCUGAUGUCACUGCACAUAUGUUUAGAGCCGUUGCUAAGGUGAUGAGCUGCAGCGCGGGCGCCCACGCAGCCCCGAUGAAAGGCUGAGAGCUGCUCGGCAGCGUCUGUUCCACCGCCGCUCCGUGGGGAGUGCUGGGAGCCACAGGGCCGUGUCACCCCUACAGGGACACGGCGGCCGGGAUGGGCACCGUGCAGCGGCUCUGCUGCACCACGGGCUGCGUGUAGGGCUGCAGCUGCUCUUCACCCCGAGGCAGGCAGCGGUUGCCCCACAUCCACGCAGCCGAUGGCUGCUGCCCAUCCCACGUCCCCUCUGAGUCCCUGCAGUGGCACGUGUGGGUGUUGUGUUCCCGUAGGCAGAGCCCACCUCCCGUAGAAGCUGUCCCACAGAAUGGAAAGUAAUGGACCAUCCUCCCGUGCGGUGAGCGGCACCGAGCUGCCAUCACAGCAGGGCAGGAUCCUGGCCCACGCAGGGCAGGGCUGCUUGAGGUGUGAGAUGGAGUAACAGUGCCCACCUGGAGCUGCCCACCAGGACUGUGCUGUAAGUGUUACGGGGGAAAAGUCCUUUUGGGUUUAAGUCGGUGUGUGAAAUGCGUGUGACAGAAAAUCCUCCCAGCUGGAGGUGCUUUCGUGUCCUUUGGACAAAAAGGAGUAAGCAAAAUCAGCCUGCCAUUUCAGCUGUAUGUGUGGAUGUGUGUGUAUCCAUCUCUGUGUUCCAGUCCUCCAGCGCACACCAAGCAUCUCAAACGGUGACAAACGUUCUCUUCCCCGGGAGCUCACUGUUCUCCCCCGGAUAUUUCUCUCCCUUUUUUGAAGGAUGCUCACUAGGGCCUGACCUAGUUUGGCUGCCGUCGCGCUGCAAGACGAUGCUGGGUGCACCCAGCACAGCUCCCUGCACUGCUGCUCGGUGGGCUGGGCAGAAGCAGCCUCACAUCGCCCUUCCCUCCCCCCGUAGUGACAGGAUUUAGCACAUGGCACAGGUGUUCAGGCACUGCCACGGGAAGCGAGAGCCUGGGUAGCUAAUUUUAGCAUAAAAUAUAGAUCUUGUUAAUUACUCUGUGCGAGGAGCAGUGAGGUGAGGGCCGUGGAAAGGCAUUGGCACUGUCUCACUCCCGCCGAGGCGGCCACAGCUGGUGGUGCCGAUGGGCUGUACUGAUGGGCCGGGCCCUAUUGCAGGAAUGAUGCCGGGAAUGUGGAGCUGAUGUCGGGGUGAUGCUGUCCCACUCCCUGCUGCUGUGCUGCUGCCAUGUGUGGGUCGUGGUGUGGGGCACAGCAUGGGGCUGCCCUCAGCGGGGCACUGCUGGGGCUGCCUGACGUGGAGCAGUGAGGCUCGGGGACAUGGCCACAUUAGAAAAGAGCUUUUAUUAGAGUAGUGCAUUGGGACGUGGCAGUGUAGGGCUGGCCUGCUGGCUGCUGUGCUCUGGGGCCGCUGCAGGGAUAGGGCUGUGAGCCAGGCUUGUCCCUGGGGUCCCUGCUGGGCUUGUCCCUGUGGGGUCUCCGCUGGGUUUGUCCCUGUAGGGACUCUGCUGGGCUUGUCUCUAUGGGGUCGAUGUCAGACUUAUCUUAAUAGGGUCACUACUGGGCCUGUCCCUGCAGGUCCGUGCCGGGUGUCUCCCUAUAGGGUCCCUGCUGGGCUUGUCCCUGUAGGGUUGAUGCUGGGUUUACCCCAUAGGUCUCACUGGGCCCCUCUGCCCACCUCACAGCCGCUCCAUGCCGUGCAGCACAGCCCUGCCUGCGCCUGCUGCACACGGGGCCUCGCGCUGGGGGUGCUGCCCUGCACAUCCCCCCCCCACGGGUCUGGGUUUGUAUUCUGGGAAUCCAGAUAUAGCUCCGUGUGAUCGAGUGCUCAUGACGAGAUGGAGUAAUCCAUACUUGGGGCAAAUCCAGGGCUUAAAACUCCUAAUAGCCUUGUCCUGGGUGCUGCAGCGUGCGCUGGGCUGAGUUGGGCAGUCAAGGUCUCCGCUCCUGAUGGUUUAAUUUGGACGAUGAGUAUCACUUAAUAGCAGCGUUUUAUUACAUUCGUUUCACUCUCACUUUUCAAAGAGUUCUUCUGAUGCAUUCAGGCUCCAGGCCCUUUGGAUGCUAAUGGACUUCUGCUGGGGUUUUGUUUUUGUUGCUGCGUAGCACCAGGGCUCCCAUUUGCCGGGGCUUGGUAUGGAGAACGCCCAGCGCCAGACAAUGCGCCCAUUCACAGCAGCACAAUGGAGGUGGAACGGUCCUCAUGUAAAUCAGCAUGCAGAGCCCCAUCCGUCCGUCCCUCUGUCUGUCUGUCGGUGUGCUGGGCUGGGGCUGAGUGCUGCAGCGCCGAAGGAAUGUGACGGUUGAUGAUGAGGCGAUGGCAGCAUAAAUGAAGAUCAAGUAAGGAAGGCAGAACGAUGCCCAAGGGUGGGUGUUCUAAAACACCACAGCCAGAAGAUUUCUCUCUCAGCAACGACAUGGUGGAGAAACAAACGGGGAAAAAGGAUAAAGAUAAAGUUUCUCUGACCAAAACUCCCAAGUUGGACCGGAGCGAUGGCGGCAAAGAGGUGAAAGAGAGGACUACCAAGAGGAAGUUACCUUUCACUGUUGGAACAAAUGGAGAUCAGAAGGACUCGGAUACAGAAAAGCAGGGUCCAGAGCGGAAGAGGAUUAAAAAGGAGCCCGCCACAAGGAAGCCUGGCUUGCUGUUUGGGAUGGGCCUUUCAGGAAUCCGGGCAGGCUACCCGCUCUCUGAGCGCCAGCAAGUUGCUCUGCUCAUGCAGAUGACAGCAGAAGAGUCUGCAAACAGCCCAGUUGACACAACACCAAAGCAUCCCUCUCAGUCCACAGUUUGUCAGAAGGGAACUCCUAACUCUGCCUCCAAAACCAAAGAUAAAGUAAAUAAGAGAAACGAGCGAGGGGAGACUCGGCUGCACCGAGCUGCCAUCCGCGGGGACGCGCGGCGCAUCAAGGAGCUCAUCAUCGAGGGUGCCGACGUCAACGUGAAGGACUUUGCAGGCUGGACAGCAUUGCACGAGGCGUGCAACCGGGGUUACUAUGAUGUUGCAAAGCAGUUGCUUGCUGCAGGCGCCGAAGUCAACACCAAGGGGUUGGAUGAUGACACCCCCCUGCACGAUGCAGCAAACAACGGGCACUUCAAGGUGGUGAAAUUGUUGUUGCAUUAUGGAGGGAACCCUCAUCAAAGCAACAGGAAGGGAGAAACGCCAUUAAAAGUAGCCAAUUCUCCCACCAUGGUGAAUCUGCUCCUGGGGAAGACAACUUACCCCUCCAGCGAAGAGAGCUCAACAGAGACCUCAGAAGAGGAGGAUGCCCCCUCCUUUGCGCCCUCCAGCUCGGUUGAUGGCAAUAACACGGACUCAGAGUUUGAGAAGGGUUUGAAGCACAAGCCCAAGGCCCAGGAGCCCCCCAAAACCAUCACUCCGGUGAAGGAUGAGUAUGAAUUCGAUGAGGACGAUGAACAGGACCGGGUCCCACCAGUCGACGACAAGCAUUUGCUAAAAAAGGAUUACAGGAAAGAGACUAAAGCGAACAGUUUCAUUUCCAUACCCAAAAUGGAAGUGAAAACUUAUACUAAAAAUAACACAAUUACACCAAAGAAAGCUGCCCACCGCAUCCUGUCGGACAGCUCGGACGAGGAGGAGACCAGCGUCGCCGUGGGGACAGGUGAGAAGCUGCGCCUUUCAACCCACUCGAUACUGCCCAGCAGCAAGAUCCGGGAGCCCGCCAGCACCAAGGCACCGAAGGAGAAAAGCAAAGUGAAAAAGAAGCGGAAGAAGGAGACAAAAAGCAAAGAGGUUCGGUUUGGCAAAAAAAAUGACAAAUUUUGUUCCUCUGAAUCAGAGAGCGAAAACGUGGAGAGUGAGGAGGAUGAUAGAGACUCUCUUCAGAGCUCUAGCUGUGUAAAGGACUCCAGGCUAGUGCUAAAGGAAUCCUCCUUGUUUAACUCUCUGUCUGCCUCAUCGACCUCUUCUCAUGGGAGCUUAGGAUCCCAGAAACACAAUGCUAACCUUACAGAACAGCACUCCAAGCACUGGAGGACGGACAAUUGGAAAACCAUAUCUUCCCCAGCUUGGUCAGACGUCAGCUCCUUGUCGGACUCCACGAGGACGAGACUGACGAGCGAGUCAGACUACUCGUCUGAGGAGUCGAGCUUGGAGUCCCUAAAGCCAGUCAGGAAGAAACCAGAGCACAAAAAGAAAAACACCUCCCACAGCACUGUUUCUGAGAAAAAGAAUUCAUUCCAUAGCAACGUGGAUGGAGCGAUUCCAAAGCUGGACAAGGAGGGGAAGGUGGUUAAAAAGCAUAAAACGAAACAUAAACAUAAAAACAAGGACAAGGGGCAGUGUCCCAUCAGCCAAGACAUUAAAAUAAUCAAAACUUUUUCUUUUGAGUUUGAGGACUCUAAACAAAAGCCUGAGAAAGGCUUGAUAGUAGAGACAGAAAAUCCAGUCGAAAACAAAUUGAAAGUGUUAAAGCAUGAGCGAGAACACUGUAAGAAGGAAGACAAGCUUCCCAAAGGUAAAGCGGAAGAGAAGGACUGGUUGUUUAAAGAUGAGACUGGAAAAUCCUCUAAGGAGGAGAAAUCAUUAAGAAAAGUCAAAGAUGGUAGUAAAGACAUGAGCAAAUCCUUCAGAGAAGGAUUGAGUAAAUCGGAAAAAGAGAAACCUGUAAAGGAGAAGUCUCCCAAAGAGGAGAAGCCCAGAAUACACAAGGAGGAGAGAAAGAAGAAGUCAAAGGACAAGCAGUCCAAAUCCGAGAAGAAGAACGAACUGAAAGAGGAGAAGGCUGCUAAGCUUGAGAAAGAAAAAUCCUUCAAGGAAGAGAAGGAAAAAUGCAAAAAAGAGAAAAUGUACAGGGAGGAGUCUGGGUUUGACGAGUUUAAUAACAAAGCCCAGUUUCCCGAAAGCGAGGACACGAAGUUCAGCCUCUCGGACGAUCAGCAGGAGAGGUGGUUUUCAGACUUGUCUUCUGAUUCGUCCUUCGAUUUCAAAGGCGAGGAUAGCUGGGAUUCUCCAGUAACAGAUUUCAGGGAGAUUAAAAACGACACUGUGGCAAAACUGAUCAUAGAGCCGGUGAAAGAGGAAACUAAAGACAAGAAAAAGGAAAACAAAACGAAAGAGAAGAAAGAAUACAGCGAGAAACGUAGCGAAAAGGACUCCUUCCUAAAGAAGAAAGAAAGAGACUAUGUGGAGAAAAGCUCGGAAAAGAAAAAGGACCAAACAGAGAGGCACAAAGCUGCUCCUAGUUAUCUGCCUGAAAAAGAUAAGAAAAGGAAGGAUUCUGCAGAGGGUGUCAAGGAGAAGAAAGAGAAAGAUACAGGCGAAACCAACAAAGAUAGAAAGGAUUCCUCUGAUGGCUCUAAAGACCGAAAAGAGAGUAAGACGAAGCAGGAGGAGCCCUACCGGGAUGAAUUCAAGGAGUACGGCUGUGAGGCGUUCUUCAAGGAGAAGUCUGACACCGAAUUCAGCGGCAAAGCCCUGGAGAGCUGGGAGAGGCACCACUCUGGGAAGGACAAGGAGAAGAAAGAUGCUUCCGAGAAGGAAAAAAAAGAAAAAGUGAAGCCAGAGAAGUACAAGGAGAAAUCCAAAGAAGGCGACAAGGAGAAAAACGAAAAAGCGGCUCCUGAGAAAAUCCCAAAAGACAAAGAACUGGAAAAGAGCUUCAAAGAGAAGAAGGAAAGCAAGGAGAAAUACAAAGACCUACACGGCAAAGACAAGGAAAGGAAGAGUUCCUUCGACCAAGUGAAAGAGAAGAAGGAGAAAAGCUUUUCCACGGACCGAGAAGACUUCUCUGAGAAAAAGGAUGAGAAGAAAGGCAAGGAGAAGAGCUGGUACAGCAUCGCGGACAUCUUCACUGAUGAAAGCGAAGAUGAGAGGGAUGAUUACAGCUUGACGGGGUUCAAAGUGGGCGAAUCGGUGGGGAGUGAGAUGCACCGGCUGGACAGCCUGCAGGAGAAGGACGAGGGUGAGAAGGAGCUGUACUCCGACAAACACCGCAAGUACUCCUCCGACCGGCAGCACUCCGGGGAGAAACAGAAGGAUAAGGAGUCCAAGGAGAAGAAAAAGGACAAGGGAACAUCGGAAGGGGGAAAAGAGAAGAAGGAGAAGAAUUCCUUUGAAAAACACAAAGAGAAGAAAGAUAAGGAUUCUUCGGAGAAGUACAAAGACAGGAAAGACAGAACAUCCAUCGAUUCCAAUCAGGAGAAGAAGAACAAGCAGAAGCUCCCAGAAAAGGCUGACAAGAAGCACGCCAGCGACGAGAAGGUGAAAAACAAGCACAAGGAGAAGCUGGAUAAGGAGCAUUCCAAGGAGAAAAAGUCUUCAAAAGGAGGAGAGCCGGAGAAGAGCCUACUGGAGAAGUUGGAGGAGGAGGCUCUCAAUGACUACAGGGAUGACUCCAACGACAAGAUCAGCGAGAUCUCCUCCGACAGCUUCACAGAUAGAGGGCAGGACCCGGGGCUCAGCAGCCUCUUCGAGUCUUCGAAUCUCUCUCUCGCAGACGCCUCCGAAGAAAAGUUCAAGGACUCUCUCCCGUUGCCCUGCCUACAGGACAAACUGAAGGAGAAGGAGCGGCACAGGCAUUCCUCAUCUUCCUCAAAGAAGAGUCACGAGAAGGAAAAGGCGAAGAAGGAGAAGACCGAGAAAAAGGAAAAAACAGAUGAAUUCAAAGACUCCAGCAGCAGGAAGGAUUCCACUCAUUAUGAAAAGGAUUUCUCUGUGGAUGGGGAGGCUUUCAGCUCCUCCUACGGCAUGAAGGCAGAGCCUGAUGAGGAACCAGAGAAAAGCAUUGAUUACUUAUUUUCUGAAAAGAAAGAUAAAAAUGAUUCUGAAAGAGAGCUGUCAAAGAAGGCGGAGAAAGAAAAGACUUACGGUUCCAGCACCAUCAGCACAGCUAAGGAGAAAAAGAAGCGAGAUAAACACAAGGAAAAAUGGAAGGAGGAAAAGGAAAAGCACAGAGACAAACACGCAGAUGGUUUCUUUAAACACCACAAGGACGAGCCAAAGUCAGCGCUUAAGGACAAGGACAGUCCUCAGGUUACCGCCUUCAAGGAGAAAUCAAAGGAGGAGAACCUCAAAUUCGGUGAGACCAAACUGAAGGAGAAGCUGAAGGAGAACCAAGAGAAAGACAAAGCAGAGUCAAUAAAAAUAAGCAACGGCAAUGAAAAAAUAACCCUUUCCAAAGACAGCGGCAAGAAGGAUGCCAGGCCGAGGGAGAAGCUGCUGGGGGACGGAGAUCUGAUGAUGACCAGCUUUGAGAGGAUGCUGAGCCAGAAAGACCUGGAGAUCGAGGAGCGACACAAACGGCACAAGGAGAGAAUGAAACAAAUGGAGAAGAUGAGGCACAGGUCCGGAGACCCCAAACUGAAGGACAAAAUUAAAAGCUCCGAGGACGUCCGCAAGAGGAGCCUGGAUCUGACAGCAAAGAAGCCGCUGGCACUGGACACUCAGCUCAAGGACAAGAAGCUCAAAGAGCUGGGCCCACUGACGCCCAUACUGUCACCAGAGAACAAGGCGCAGCCCGCAGCUGGGGCGGACUCCAAGGACUGGAUCACGGGCCCGCAGCUGAAGGAGAUCCUCCCGGCGUCCCCUAGGCCAGACCAGAACCGGCCAACGGGCGUCCCCACCCCGGCGUCUGUCGUGUCCUGCCCCAGCUACGAGGAGGUGAUGCAGACCCCGCGCACGCCCUCCUGCAGCAACGAGGACUACACCGACCUGAUGUUUGAGUGUGCGGACUCGCAGCACUCGCUGCCCAUAUCCACCAUGUCCAUGAACGCGUGCUCGCCGUCCUUCUUUGACAGGUACGCGAACGUUGCGGGGGCCCUCCCCGAGAACCCUGCUCAGACCCCAACUCGUACCAUCCCCUCCUCAAACCUGUACCGCUCCAUCUCUGUCGACAUCAGAAGGGCACCUGAGGAAGAGUUCAGUGUUGGAGAUAAGUUUUUCAGACAGCAGAGCGUCCCAGCGACGUCAAAUUACGACUCUCCAGUGCAGCAUUUAAUGGAGGAGAAGGUUCCCCUUCCUUCUGUUCCCGCUGAGAAGUUCCAGUGUCUGUCUCCUGGCUAUUACUCACCAGACUAUGGGGUUUCGUCGCCCAAGGUGGAAGCCCUGCACUGCCCGCCAGCGGCGGUCAGCGGGGUCUCCCAGUCACCUGAAAGUGUCUUUUCUGGUUUACAAGCAAAGUCCUCCCCUUCGCACAGAGACGAGCUUCUAGCUCCCUCGGUAGAAAGUGCUCUUCCCCCCGACCUGGGCAUGCCGCUGGAUACCACAGAGGAGCAGCAAGCCACCGCCUCCAUCAUGCCGCCAGAGCCCACCUACUUGCCGCCAAUUGAAGAGAAUAAUUUUGGUUCGGCAAUGCCGGAACAAACCAGCAUGGACUGGGAUACCCCUCCUGCCCGGAACCCCGACACGGCAAUCCCUCCCAGCCUGAUGGCAAACGCGGCCGAGCACUCCGUCGGCUGGUCCAUGGGCUCUGAGCUCCUGAUGAAAUCACCCCAGCAGUUUGCCGAGUCCCCGAAACCUGCGCUCUGCUCUCUGGAGCCCAUCCAUCCCACGCCGGUCGCCUUCAUCCCCACAGACGCUUCCUACCCCGUUUCUCCCAUAUCGUACCCUCUGUCCGUGUCGGAGCCGGGGCUGGACGAAGUCAAGGAAGACGCAGAGGAAGCGGUACCAGGAGAAAUGGCCAACGCUGAGGAGCAGGCACCAUACAUGUCCCCCACGAGGCUGGACACGUUCUUCACCGGUUGCAAGCCUCUUCCCGAGGAGGCACCCGAGAUCCCCACAGAGACCCCCUGUGUGCCAGCAGAACCUCAGGCAGAAGCGGUCAGCGUGCAGGAAAACACCUACUUGGAAAACAACAGCACGACACCGGCAAACGGCGAGGAGGCGGUGACGUGGCCAGACUCCUUCACCACCCCUGAGGAUGAGCUGGACCUCGGCCCCUUCUCGCUGCCCGAGCUCCCGCUGCAGCCCAAGGAUGUGGCUGAGGCGGAGGUGGCCGAGGCAGAGCCGGCCGAGGAGGGCAUGGCUGCAGCCCCAGAGGUGAGUGCUGGGAGCACAAAGGCUGGCACGGCUGCCACAGCCACUGGAGAGGCAGAGGAGCCCGCAGCUGUCCCGGCAGCACCCGUCCCACCCACGGACACUGAGCCGCCAGCUGAGGAGCAGAAACCUGAUGGGGCUGUGCAGGAAGCCACCUCAGAAGCAACGAGUGGGGCAGAGGAGAAAGGUGCGGAGGAGGCAGAGGCACAGGUGCUCCCAGCUGCCCCGACAGAGCCUGCCCAGGCCGAGGGCAGAGAGGUGGAGGGUGCACAGGAUGAGCCGGCCGCCUCCGCUGCAGUGGUGGAGGGCAGCUCUGGUCCUCCUGCAGCCCCCAGUGAGGGCAGCGCCGGCCCCGAGAGCACGGCGGGGCGCACCGGGAGCCAGGGCCCUUCCUCCCAGCCCGAGGCCCCUCCAGCUCAGGCUGAAGUCGUUGAGCCAGUGCAGAAACCGGUAGCAGAAGCUCCCAAACCCCCCAAAAUAGAAGAGAUUCCUCAGCGGAUCACCAGGAACCGGGCGCAGAUGCUCGCCAACCAAAACAAGCAGAAUGCCGCGGCUGCUGAGAAGGAGUUUCCUCCCGUCCCUGCGCCCACCACCCGCACCAAGGGCCGCGGGACCGAGGAGGACGACUCCCAGGCGCAGCACCCACGGAAGCGCCGCUUCCAGCGCUCCAACCAGCAGCUGCAGCAGCAGAUCAACACGUCCACCCAGCAGACCCGCGAGAUGAUCCAGCAGACCCUGGCAGCUAUCGUCGACGCCAUCAAACUGGACGACAUCGAACCGUACCACAGCGACAGGUCCAACCCCUACUUCGAGUACCUCCAGAUCAGGAAAAAGAUCGAAGAGAAGCGGAAAAUCCUCUGCUACAUCACUCCCCAGGCUCCGCAGUGCUACGCUGAGUACGUCACCUACACGGGCUCCUACCUGCUGGAUGGCAAACCUCUGAGCAAGCUCCACAUCCCCGUGAUCGCCCCACCGCCGUCGCUGGCGGAGCCCCUGAAGGAGCUGUUCAAGCAGCAGGAGGCCGUCCGGGGGAAGCUGAGGCUCCAGCACAGCAUCGAGCGGGAGAAGCUCAUCGUCUCCUGCGAGCAGGAGAUUUUGAGAGUGCACUGUCGAGCAGCACGGACUAUUGCCAACCAGGCUGUGCCCUUCAGUGCCUGCACCAUGCUGCUGGACUCCGAGGUCUACAACAUGCCUCUAGAAAAUCAGGGAGACGAAAACAAGUCAGUCAGGGACCGCUUCAACGCACGGCAGUUCAUUUCCUGGCUGCAAGACGUGGACGACAAGUAUGACCGGAUGAAGACGUGCCUGCUGAUGCGGCAGCAGCACGAGGCCGCCGCGCUGAACGCGGUGCAGAGGAUGGAGUGGCAGCUGAAGGUGCAGGAGUUGGACCCCGCGGGGCACAAAUCCCUCUGCGUCAACGAGGUGCCCUCCUUCUACGUGCCAAUGGUCGACGUGAACGACGACUUUGUGCUGUUGCCGGCAUGACAGUUGUGCACCGGGAGGCGUCACUGAACACUGGCACGGACGGAGCCCGCCGAGGUCGGGCGGUCGCGCUCACAUUCACCCUUCCCGCUUGCUGAUGAAUCCCUUGGUCAGAGGAGGAGGAAGCAGCUAUCGGCAGAAAACCACCAAAACGAAAACAAAACGAACAGAACCCAAUAAGAACCGAAAACGAAAAGUUGCACUUUGUUCGCAGCGCGGCCCCCCCGUGCCCGGCGGCGGGCAGGAGCAGCGGGCGGCGCUGCCGGAGGUGCUGCGCGGGCACGUGGGCAGCGCUGUGCUCAGCGAGAGGAGACCGCGGGGGGGGCAGGGGGCGAUUUUUCUCUUCCAUCCCGGGUACGUCUCAAAAAGGACUCGAGUCAAAAGGACACGCGGAGACCCGACCCGAGGCAAAGGACGGCGGUGCCCGCGGGCAGCGCUGCGCUGCGGGCGGUGGUGCCCGGCGGUGCCCGGCAGUGCCCGGCCGUGGGCGGCGGUAACACAGAGAAAGGACUUUGCCAACUGUGUUUUUAAUGGAGUAAAAUCCAUGUGGUUUAUAUAUAUAUAUAUAUUUUUUUUUUCCUUUAAUCUUGGGCAUUUCGUUUCUCUUUCUGAGAACAUAACUUGAAAAAAAAACACUACAGAGCCAAUACUCAUAUAAAGAAAAAUUGUAUCCCAUAAAUGCUGUACAGUUUUUAUAUACAUUAACAAUGUACUUUUGCUGCCUUCUAGAUAAUUUAUUUUGCAACACAUUACUGCACAGUUGUAAAUAACUUAUGUACUGUAACAUCACUUUCAGUUAUGUGUAAAGAAAUAAAUAAAUUAAUUAAAAUUA